GCGGCGGCGGCGACGACGGCGGCCACGGCACAGACAGCCACCCUUCCACGCGCGCGCACUCGGGCAGAGCCGUUGGGCGGGCGGCAGAGGCACCCUCGGAGCCAGGCGCCGGGCGCGGAGGGGGCGUGCGACCCGGGACCUGCCCAGAGGCGCAGAAUGGAGGAGGAGAUGCAGCCGGCGGAAGAGGGGCCCAGCGUCCCCAAAAUCUACAAGCAGCGCAGCCCCUACAGCGUCCUCAAGACAUUCCCCAGCAAGAGACCGACGCUGGCCAAGCGGUACGAGCGACCCACCCUGGUGGAGCUGCCGCACGUGCGGCCGCCCCCGCCGGCCUUCGCGCCGCAAGCCGCGGUCUCCAUCAGCAGCAGCGAGCCGCCGCCGCCACCGCAGCAGUUCCAAGCGCAGAGCUCUUACCCACCCGGGCCCGGCCGGGCCGCCGCCGCCGCCUCGUCGUCGUCUCCGUCCUGCACGCCCGCCACGUCCCAGGGCCACCUGAGGACCCCAGCGCCGCCGCCCGCGGCCCCCGCCGCGUCGUCGUCCUCAUCUUUCGCCGCCGUCGUCAGGUACGGCUCGGGCCCGGCGGCAGCCGCCGCGGGCAGCAGCAGCGCGGGCGGCAACGGCGCCAGCCUGGAGCUCAGCGCAGAGAGUCGUAUGAUCUUGGACGCCUUUGCUCAACAAUGCAGCCGAGUCCUUAGCCUCUUAAAUUGUGGAGGAAAGCUUCUGGACUCCAGCCAUUCUCAAUCCCUGAUUUCUUGCGUAAAGCAGGAAGGCUCAAGUUACACUGAAAGACAGGAGCAGUGCCCUGUUGGCAAAGGGGUCCACAGUCAGACCUCAGACAGUGUAGACAUAGAGAUGCAAUAUAUGCAAAGGAAACAACAGACUUCUGCCUUCUUGAGGGUUUUCACUGACUCCCUACAAAAUUACCUGCUCUCCGGGAGCUUUCCGACUGCAAACACCUCCUCAGUCAGUGAGUAUGGCCACCUGGCGGACGUGGAUCCUCUAGCAACAUCCCCCGUGCACACGCUAGGUGGCUGGACCUCCCCAGCGACAUCCGAAUCCCACGGUCACCCAUCCUCUUCUACGCUGCCUGAGGAAGAAGAGGAGGAGGAAGAGGAGGGCUACUGUCCUCGGUGCCAAGAGCUGGAGCAGGAGGUGGUGUCACUGCAACAAGAAAAUGAAGAGCUCAGAAGAAAGUUAGAGAGCAUCCCAGUGCCCUGCCAGACGGUUUUAGACUACCUGAAGACGUUGCUUCAGCACUACAACCAGCUUGUGAUCCCACAGCCAGCCGACCAGCCGGCCGAGGGAAGCAAGCAGCUGUUGAACAACUAUCCUGUCUACAUAACGAGCAAACAGUGGGACGAGGCUGUAAAUUCUUCAAAGAAAGACGGGAGGCGGCUCCUUCGAUACCUCAUCAGAUUUGUUUUCACAACCGAUGAGCUUAAGUACUCAUGCGGCCUUGGGAAAAGGAAAAGGUCAGUGCAGUCAGGAGAGACAGGUCCUGAAAGACGCCCUCUGGAUCCAGUUAAAGUAACAUGCCUCCGAGAAUUCAUUAGGAUGCACUGUACCUCCAACCCCGACUGGUGGAUGCCCUCGGAGGAGCAGAUAAACAAAGUGUUCAGUGACGCUGUGGGUCACGCUCGGCAGGGGCGGGCAGUGGGGACUUUCCUGCACAACGGAGGCUCCUUUUAUGAAGGGAUUGAUCACCAGGCUUCCCAGGAUGAAGUCUUCACUAAAAAUUCCCAGGACGGGUCUGGUGAUUAGUGGACAGAAUGUUUCCACACUAGCAGCCGGUCCGCUCAAGAGUUCCAGUUGUGAAUGUUCUGUUACCAUCACUUUAGAAUCCAGAGCAUGUCACUCUGUCACAUCCUAACGGAGUUAAAGGUUUACACAUCCUAAACCUUAACUCUUGACCUACUGCCACAGUUCCUAGUACAAACCCAUUUUAGGGUUGUUUGGGAAGUCUAUGGAGCCUACAGAGAUUUUCACAGUAUUACAUUAUACAAAGAAAAAAUGACAAUUGAUUUUAAAUGAUGACUAGUUAGACGGUGAGGGUGAAAAAAGAGAGGUGAGCUCCUGGUCACCUGUCCGAAAUCUUCAAGUGAGCUCUGUUUCCUGAGCAGAGCUGGUCCCCACAGAGAUUGGGUUAGUGUCCCUGCCCAUGGGGGAAGGUAGAGACAUGGCGUUAUCCUAAGGGACAAGGAACAAGCAUUCUCUUUAUUUAAUUUAAAUAAGUUGUCUUUAUGUUUUCCAAAGACUUGAAUUUAUACUUCUCAGCAAAGACAUAAGAUAGGUGACAUUGCAUGCUGUGUCUAACAUUGACAGAGCCUGUUACUAAAAAGAAACCAGAGAUCAGAAGCCACCUCUAGACAGUGAUUAAUUGGAAGUCAGCUGUUAUGUUUACCACACAAAAGAAUUUCUCCUGUGUUGAUCAGGAAGGCACUAUAUGAUCUCUGAAGUUAACAAACAGUAAUAGUUUUCACCGUAUCAGUCAAGAAACAUCCAAAGAUUCAAAACCAUUUUCAGAUGCUCGAUUUUGUAAGUUCACAGUUUCCAUAGCCUUAAAUCGGGCUUUGUUGACACGAUGCCAAAGCGCUGGGUUGAACAAUGAGCAUCUCAGUCAGCUAGUUGUUUGGUGCACUGAGGACCAGACAAAGUGAUGUGACUGAUGGGAUUCACUGAAUUGACCAGAUGUUCUGGAAUUGUAUACACACAGCUUCAAGGCCAUUCUGACAACUAUGCAAUGGGCUUGUCUGUAAUUUCUCAGAAAUUUGAGGGUCUUUUUGUGCUGAGUUGAUCUUCAGAAUUUGCAUAAAUCUUGUUUCUUGUUGUCACCGAUGGAAAUGUUUCAUCCCAACUGCUGUGUGCCUCCUUCCCGCCAGUAUCCCCCUGAACUACUGGCUCUGGCUGAGUUAGCGGUGACCACUCCCACCCACUUUCCCCGGUUUAAUAUGUUGAGCAUCAUCUGCGAAGUUAGUAGUAAUGUCUUUGGAACCAUUUCUUAUCCGCAGAUGCUCUAGAGAUGCUAGAAUCUUUCUGAGUGCUUCGGGUUUGGGUGGGAGGGGAGGCUUCCUUUAUCAGCCUAAUCCAGAUGUCUGCAUUCUUUCUAGAGUCAUGGGCAGCUGUUAGUGAAGGCUGCUAAUGUCAUCUACAAACAUGACUAAGGGUUUUGAGAAUGGGUUGGAAAUUCAUUUCAAGUUUAUGAGCAUCCAUGCAUAAAGAGGGUUUUUUGCCACCUUUUGACAAAGUAAAAUAAUAAAUUACCCUUUAUCUUCUAUAAUUAGCAUCAAUUCUGUGCAUGACCCUAGCAAUAGGUCCUUGUUUAGCUUUUGUUACGAUUAUUAGUUUCGCCCACUGAAAAGUUUGUUUAUAGAGAUGGUCAUUUGUCAGAUCUGUUAAAUGGUAUGGGGAGAACUAAUAUUUCAAUCCUGUUUUGGAGCAACUUAGCUAAAAUUUGCAGGUAAAGGAAAAGAUAAGGGCAAAUGCGGUGCUUCUGGGAACGAUGAGACUAAUAUCUUUGGCUCUCCGAGGAAGAAAGAUACUCCCUGAGGCGUUUUCAAGGUCUAGAAGUCAAUAUCUUAUAAGAAUCUUUGGUGACAUGAAAUCUUUGCCAGGAGAAAAAUACCACCAUAAUCUCACCUGUCUUUCCAUCCUACUUUUCCUUUCUUUGCAUUGGACUUUAGUUAUCCUUACUGCUGAGUUCACUGUCCUUUUUUGUUCUAUAGCAGCAAUAUUUGACCACUGCCUUAAAAAAAAAAAACAAAAGAACUUCCAAUUCUUAUCGUUUCCCUGAAAGCUUGCGAAUUCCACACAUGUUCACAUCUACGCGUCAUCAUGGAGCCGAGUGUUGGGCUGAUCUUCACGGAAGGUGGUGAUGGAGCAUUUCUGCAUUCAUUCUCCACAGCCUUACAGGUCGGCAUCCUUAAGACAAGUGCUUGCUCCACUCCUGUUAUCAUCCCCUGAGAAGGCUCCUGGGGUCAGGAGGCUCUGCCCCUCAAGGCCCGUGGUCGCACCAGCCUUUGCUCGAAGGUACACCUGAUCUCUCCCUCCCACCCCUGUUUUCAGGUGAAUUAUCUCUCUAUCAGCUGUUUUCCAAUACUUCACAAAUUCUAAAAUGUUCAGAGCUGCACACUGGUCAUCUCUUACGCACAUGAGCGAUCCAGGCCCAGAAAGAUGACUGACUUAGCAUCACACGGCCAGUUCUAACGCCUCUCCUGGGUCUAGGACCUACGAUCCCCUGUCCCCAGUCAGACGUUCCAUUCCACUCUUCACCGUUGAUGCAGUUGCUGUGUUCCUUUAGCCGAACCCACCGCCUGACGCGGGCACCAAUGGCCCUCGGGCUGUGACACAGUAUCUGCUCGGCUGUUCUGCUUUGUCCUCUCCUUAGUCCAUGUCACAUGCUGCUAUUUGCACUUCCCCUUUAAGGCUGGUAUAUUACCUGGCUUGUGGUGGUUGCCUGCAUGGUCACCUGAUUUUCAAGUCAGGGUUUGCAAGGAUCGUUCACUUAUUUUUUUGGUAAGGCCAUCGCAGCCUCUGUAGCAAGGUUAAAAGCUCACCAGUGAGAAGAUUGGAUGCUGUCACUGCUCUGUCAGCCUUUCCGUUGAUCUCUUUGGAGACCUGGAGACCUGUAUAUUUUCUUGAUUUGAUCUUCUACAUCUUUGUCUGGCAGUUGGACAAAUUGCUCUCUUGAGGAGACAUUCAUACUCAUGUCAGCUUUUAGCAGCUUCCCUGAGUCAUUUUAGCAUUGGAAUAACAUAGAUUGAAUUAAAACAGCUCAGGAUGCCGCUUUGCUCCACCUCAUUGGUGAGAGAAAAGGUCAUAGGUCUGGCCUGACACCACAGACCAAAUUUGGUAUUUUGUCAGUGACUGGGCAUGGUUCAUAAUCCCAUCUAUCAAGGCAACCAUACCUACUCUCAGUGACAGUGUCUUGAUGUGUCCUGAGGUUUCCCAAAUUAAAGUCAUAUCACAAAGAGCAUGCCUGCUUUCCCAGUGAAUGGAACGCCAAGUGCAGUUCCGCCUGGCCCAGCAUAACCCUUCAGUGAUCUGUUUGGGGGAUGUAGGCCAGGAACCGGGAGUUGGGGUGGGGGGAUGCGUCAUAUUCUGCGAGCAGUUACUAAGCUCCCACUUCUCACGGUCUCUUUUGAAGGUCCACCAUUCACAAUCUCAUGGUUUAACCUCAGUAUUAAAUGCUUUGGAGAAAAACUGUCAAUUGAAAAUAUUCAGCCCUGAACCCAGGCUCCACUCUCUUGGUUGAGAAUUUCCACCAGAGCACUGAGGCUACUGUCACCAUUUAUGUUUCAUAAGGCUUCACUAGGAACGGAGAGGAUAAUAUUAGAGCAUUUGCUGGAAAUAGCCAUCAUCUCCUUUGGUAGGGGAAUUGGAAGAUAUGUUAUACAUGUGGCUACUUCAUAGCUGUAGGGCAAGUGGGUCAUUUUAUAUCCUGGAUCUUCCUUAGCCCUUCAUCAGUCAUAAACACAUUGACCCGAGAGAAUUGUUCACCAGGAUUAUAAGGCGAUAUAAAUUACUCAAUAUCUUAUUUGAUCCAGCUCCUCCGUGUGUCAGAUAUCGAAAGAAUGGUUAAGUCCAGUAUAUUCUUGUGAUAUCAGAUGUUUUCCAAAAAUCUAGACAAUAAUACAAACUUGGGAAUCUACAAGUUCAUGAUGUCUACAUUUUCCCGCCACCUUUAAUGGCUUGACCUCCUGUUGCUAUCAGAAAACGGAUGGAGCAUGAAGUAGGAUGAAGCAUGCACUGUUUUCCGGAAAGCAAACGUACGUUGCCCUCAUGUGAAUUCUGUCAUUCAGUGUGUACUCUAGAACCUAAACCUGAUACCCACUGACUACCUCCUUAGUUUUUCUUCGAUUUCUAUCAUUUUAAAAAGUCUCAUUCUUGGAUAACUUCGUUUUAAAAAAGAUUUAAACUUUUCUCAUUUCACAGUACAGCUGUUUGUAAUUUUUGACAGCUCUUAUAUACCAGUUUUUAGAAAUGUAAUAGAAAGUGAUUUUGCACAUAUGGUGCAAGCCUUGCUGGUGCGUGUUUAAUGUGGUGACACUUGCCAAAACUGCUUGGCAAAACAUGUCAAAUAGGAUGCUUGAGUCAGAACUCUAGUGUAAAUGUGUCUAAACAGCAGUAUGUAUCAUUAUGAUAUAUUUUUGUAAACAUAGUGAUGGCUUCUUUCAGUCGUGUAAGUACUGGAUAAAAAUAACCACUUCACUUGAAUAAUGUAGAAAAAUGUCACCCAGUUGAUGGCCCUCCGCAGUUACUUACAUUUUAUGAGCCAGUGGCAUCACUUCUAUUUGUGUUAUUAUUUAGAGGAGAGUGAAGAAUUGAUACCAGACAGCAUGGAGUGCAAAAAUAAUAACUCACCAAAACUUGCCUCCUAAUUAACAUUCAAAACUAUAACGGAUAUGUUUACACGUUAGAGACAACUUUUACCCUCCACAGUGUAUUCAGUUGCAAGAAACAUUGAGAGGUCUGGACUUCACUCAUCUAAUGACCAGCUCGGUAAGCUUGGCUCUUGAAAGCACUAAAUUACCAAAUCUUUGUGGUAAAAAUAACCAGAUUAAAUUUCCUCCUGACCAUCCAUAGCUGGCUAAUAUACAGGCUAGGUUUUCACUGAAUCGCAAUUCCCCAAAUUACAGUGAAAAUUCAUCUGCUAAGAUGACUUAUUCAAAAGCCUGUUCAUUCUCAGAAUAAUUGCCCCACUACAAGUAGCCAGAUGGGUCUUGUGCACAUUGGCCCAUUCAAAACCCCCAACAAUAACAAUAGCUAUAGCUUAUAUACGUUGAGCCCUUGUGCGCCAGGUACUUUGGUAAGCACUUUAAUGCAUCCUCUCAUUUUAAUCCUCACAACCACCCUCUAGGGUGUUAUUGUUACCACCCCAUUUUAUUGAUAAGGACACUGCCCAAGGUACUCAGCUAAUAAGAGGAAAUCUUUGGGUUUAGUAAGCAGAAUGACUAGUUCAGUUUUCCCUAGUAGUUAAGGUUCUCAAACCCCUUAAACACUUUGGAAUGGAUUUGUUGUUUAAUUGAGGUAGUGAAUAAAUUAAAAUUUGUUCACAUUUCUGUCAUAGGUUCCCAGUACAAAAACGCAGGGAUAUAAAAGCAAAACUUUGAACUCAGUGACGUGAUGGUCUUUGGGAACGGCUAGAUGGUAGAAAUGGCACUGGACAUCAGAGCCAAUGUCCAUUCACUUUUCACAUUUGUUGUAUUCAUAGCCUUAGAAUUGAUGAGUCUGGUUUGGAAGGGAGGGUUUCAAUCUAUGAUGUCACUGUGAGAACUGUCGUGAAGUUUUUGUAGGAAAAUACAGUAAUCUGUUCUUUCCUGUAGUUGUGGCUUUAACAUCUCUGGCUGUGUUUAAGUUCAAGAGCUUGCCGUGGCCACCAGGGCCUGGCUUUGUUUCUAAGGAAUAGGGCAUGCCAGUCCAUGAGAGGGGUCCUGAAACCUUCAAGGUCCCUGGUCUAGUCCGACCCUGCCCCAUUUAAGCAUUGCCCUCGUGUGUCUCUCCUCUCUGGAACUUCAUGUAGCAGCCUAACACUGGGGCCAACUUGCCUUUACUCUAUUUUCUAUGAUGAACACUUGUGGAGAAACUGUGACAAAUCCAUUGAUCCUAAUAUUUUUAUUGUUGAAGUCUUGUUGAUUCUCUAUGAAUAAUUUCUAUUUGAUUGUACUGUGUAGAGUUAAAACCCACCAGAGGUAUGUUAAUAAAACUAUAAAUGCAUAGUGUAAUAUAGAAUAGCAAGAUUUUCUGUGAACAAUUUAUAUAGAAGAGUAAGUUGUUUUUUAAGUGUUAGCACUUUCCUUUUAGGAACUGAAAAUGUUAUAAGAGUUUUCUAAACAUUCAAUAUUUUUAAUUAUAAGAAACAUUUGUUACUAGAGCCAAUUAUUUCAGGUGUUCUAACUGGAGUAUUGAUUUUAUUACCUCAUAUACCUCUAGAAUGCCACAUGUUCUGUUGGAGAUGAAAUUGCACAAUA